AUGUCAGGUACUGAACGAAAACUGAUGGAAUUGUUGGAGAAGUACAAAGGCCUUUUUGCCGAUGAGUUGGGGAAGUAUAAGUAUGAAACUAUUACCCUUGAAAUAGAACCAGAGGCAAGUCCGAUUUUCAAGAAACCUCGACAGGUUCCGUUUAAGUUCCAUGAGAAGAUGGUGAAGGAAUUGGAUGACAUGGAACAGUCUGGCAUUAUUACGAAAUGUGAUAGUUCUCCAUGGGGUACCCCGUUGGUACCAGUUCUCAAGCCAGGAGGAAGAUUAAGGCUUUGUGGAGACUAUAAAGUGACGGUCAACAAGCAUAUCAAGGAUGUAAAGCAUCCACUUCCAACGGCGGACGAAAUCUUUGCAAAACUUAACGGAGGAAAAAAAUUUUCUAAGCUUGAUCUGUCGAAAGCUUACAAUCAGUUUGAAUUGUCUGAAUCUUCAAAAGAACUGUGUGCAAUUUCAACCGUGAAAGGGGUUUACAAGAUGAACCGGUUACCGUUUGGUGUUAAACCGGCUUCCGGUAUCGUACAACGGGAACUUGAGAAACUUUUCUGUGGUAUUCCCGGAGUACAAAACUUUUUGGAUGACGCGGUGAUUACGGGAGAUAAUGAUGAGGAGCAUUUGGAAAGGCUCGAAAAAGUGUUCGAAGUGCUCGAUAAAGCGGGUUUGAAACUGAAUAGACAAAAGUGCCAGUUCUUCAAAAAUGAUGUUAAUUUUCUGGGAUAUGUGAUAAAUGAGAAUGGGCUGAAGAAAACGGACGAACGUAUCCGAGCGAUACGAGACGCACCGGAGCCGAAGAAUGUUAGUGAAGUCAGGGCGUUUGCUGGUUUAGUCAACUACUAUGCUAAGUUCGUGGAUAAUUUAGCUACGAUGAUGAUUCCGAUCUAUAAAUUAUUGAAAAAGGAAAUAAAGUUUAAGUGGAGCGAAGAGUGCAGGAUUGCUUUCAACCGAGUGAAAGCGGAAAUUUGA